AUCGUCAUCCCCCUGGGUCUGACUGUGGAAACACUUGCACGUGUAUGAUGUGCCGAAGGUAAUAAUUUUAAAUAUUGUUUCUCGUCUACAAAAGAUAUCAAUUUCAGUGGAAAUAACGUGGGAACUGUGUCGAGAAUAACAGCAGCAAAAUGCAACACGACGAUGUUGUUUGGAGUAUUAUUAACAAAUCGUUCUGUUCCUUCAAAGUAAACACAAAAUCUCAGAGAUUCUGUCGUAACGAAUACAAUCUCACAGGAUUGUGCAGUCGGGCAUCUUGUCCGCUGGCAAAUAGUCAGUAUGCGACAGUGCGAGAAGAAAAUGGUAUAAUUUACUUGUUUAUGAGAACGGCCGAAAGAAUACAUACACCAAAGGAGCAAUGGGAACGAGUAAAACUCUCAAGAAACUUUGAAAAAGCCAUACAUCAAAUUAACGAGAACUUAUUAUACUGGCCUGGUUUUAUUAAGUCUAAAUGCAAACAAAGAUUUUUGAAAAUCACCCAAUACUUGAUACGCAUGAGGAAAUUGAGACUGAGACGGCAGAAAAAGCUAGUACCAUUGCAAAGGAAGAUUGAAAGGAGAGAGCGCAGGAGAGAGGAAAAAGCCCUUGUUGCUGCUAAAUUGGAGACGGCCAUAGAGAAACAACUUAUGGAAAGAUUGAGACAGGGCAUGUACAACGAUAUUUACAAUUUCCCACAAAGAGUCUUUGACAAAGCAGUAGAAGCUGUUGAAGUGGAAGGUGAUAGCGAAGCAGAGAGUGAAACAGAGAUAGAAAAAGAGGAAGUGAUCGAGAAGGAAGUUGAGAGAGAAUUGGAGAAUGAAGAAAUGGAAGUGGAGGACAGUGGACAUCGUUAUGUAGCCGCUGAUAGCGAUGAUGAUGACAAUGAAUAUAGCCACGAAGAAGAUGAAAGUGAUUCUGGGCGAAGAGAAAAAAUCAAUGUCUCGGAUGAUUUUGAAUCAGAAGAAAGCGAUAUAGAGGACUCUGGAAUAUCGACCAGUCAGAAGUCAGGUCGACCACACAGACUUGAGAAAAAGUCUUCGAAGAAAGAUCAAUCGAAGAAGAAGCCUCAUCGUCCUCGAGUGGAAAUCGAAUAUGAAAUUGAAACAGAACCUCAAGAGAGGUUACGUGUUUAAGAAAUCGUUAAUAAAUCAACUUUUUUAAGAUUA